UUCAAGAUGGCGACUAGAAUGAAAGUGACCUCCAGUGUCAUAGAACAGUUUGUCAAUGUUACAGGAGCCUCUAAAGAGAUUGCAAGAUCAAUGCUGGAAGCUUGUAAUGGAAACUUGGAAAUGGCGAUCGAAAUGCACUUAGAUUCGUGCGAGGUUCCCGAAUCAGGAGUCUCGGGUGCUAGUUCUUCCGCGACCAGAUUAAAUUUUGCAGCUGGGUCUUCCAGUAAUUCUCAUCAAAAUGUUGAUGAUGUACGGGCUCCUAUUCCUCAGACCCAUGGUAUUUUAGUGGAACCAUUUCAAGCAUAUCCAACCAGAAAACGACAAGCUAAAUCAGUGUUUGAUGCAUUCCGAGAUUUUCAAGCUGAAGCAAGACAACAAGAAAGUGCUAGCACUUCCUCUGUUAUGACAGGAAAGAAGAAAACCCUACAUGAUUUAUUCCGCCCACCAAUUGAUCUCCUACACAAAGGAACAUUUGAGACUGCUAAAGUUGAUGGCCAGCAUCAUAGUAAGUGGUUGUUAGUGAAUGUCCAGGAUGUGCGAGAAUUUUCAUGUCAGCAGUUAAACAGGGACGUGUGGAGUAAUGAGGCAGUGAGAAAUAUUAUCAAGGAGCGCUUUGUUCUUUGGCAGGUGUACAGAGACAGUAAUGAGGGAGAUCGCUUUAUCCAGUUCUAUCAUGUGACAAAAUAUCCCUUUUUAGCUGUUCUUGAUCCUAGGACAGGGGAGAAACUGGUAGAAUGGGGUUACAUGGAUGCUCAGGCAUUUUGUGAAUGUGCGGCAGAAUUUCUUUUACAACAUCCUUCUCUUGAAGGAGACACUCCACCAGCCAAGAAAAGAAGAAGUGAAUCAAUCGUAGAUGCCUCUGAAGAUUCGCAGCUUCGUGCUGCCAUAGCAGCAUCAUUACAGUGCACCAAAUUUGAAACCAAAAAUGACGAGAACAGCGAGGAUGAUGACGAAGACUUUGAGGAUUUAGAAUUUAGUGGUUCAGAUUCUGACGAGGAACACAAAACACCAGCAAAGAAUGUAAACAAUUCAAGUACUGUUGAUAAAAAAGAUGUGAAAAGAGGAAUAAACUUUGAUGAGCCUUCCAAUAAUGGCGAAGGAACUUCUAUCAAAGGGAAGGAAUCGCCGGAAAGUGAACUCUUGAAAAGUAAUGACUCAGUAAAGAGGAAAAAUAGCACAGGAGUUGAAGAAAGUGCGCAAAAUAAUUUGGAGAAAACAGAGGAAGUUAGGGAAACUGAAUCUGAAGCUAAGGAAACAGACAACACUUCAAACCUGAGAACACAAGAGCAGGCUGGACCUAUGUGUAAUAUUAUGGUACGUUUUCCGAAUGGCUCUCGUACCCACAUCUCUCUGAGUGCCGAGUCAUCUUUAAAGGAUCUCGUCUUGUUGGUACAGAAAGAGGGUUACCCCAAUGAACGUUACGAACUCGUCACCAACUUUCCACGGAGGAAAUUGUCCAGCCUGGAUUUCGGGACGACUCUUAAAGCUGCGGGACUAUUCCCGCAAGAAACAGUUUUUGUUCAAGAGAGAUGACGAGUGUUAAAACUCUUCACCCGAUAAAGAGCGCGAUACGAAGAGGUGAAGACGCCAACAGAUCGGGCCCACGAAGAUAGAACGAACACUGCCGAAGAAUAUAAAUUAAACGUACACAGGCCUUGAUGAGACUAUCUUAUAAAUGUAAACGUCAAAUGUCGAGACAUAAUUGAGUGCGCGAGUGUUGAGUUUCAGUUUAAGAUGUACAAAGAGAGUAGAUCAUCAAGAAACAUUUGGUCGCCAAAUUAAAAGUUCAAUUUUUUUUUUAACACUACGAGUACUCAAGGGUUUCUCCAUCUGUUUUAUCCUUAUCUAGUACCAAUAUUUUUCAUUUUCGACGUCCCAUAUGAUUUCCGCUCAUAUUAGAAUACAACUCGAUCUCCAUGUUUUCAUUGACAAAUAUAUUCACGUUUUAUAUUAAAACAUGAAACAGUCUUGGCCGGCCUACAAAUUAAAGCCCGCAUUCAUCUUUACCAACUUCUUGGUAACUAGACUUAAUU